AUGGCAUCAACCAUGAGAACGGAGUCGCUGCUGCAGCUUUUGUUCUUUCUUUUGAGUAUAUGUUCACCAAGAAACACGGCUGCUCAGCCGCUAAAGGCAGAAGCAGAAGCGCUUCUCAAGUGGAGAGACAGUCUCCAAGCUGCCCAUCUACUGAAUUCUUCUUGGUCGUUCCUCAACUCUAACUAUCGCCCCUGCCACUGGGAUGGGAUAGCAUGCGGCGGUGACAACACGAGUAUCGUCAAGAUAAGUCUUCAAAACCAUGAUCUUCAAGGUACGCUCGACCAUUUCGACUUUGCUGCCUUCCCAAGUCUUGCAUAUUUGGAUCUUAGAGGUAACAAUUUUUAUGGAAGCAUUCCCGAUGGUAUAGGCAACCUCUCCAAACUUUCCUUCCUUGACCUGUCGGUGAAUCAGUUUUCUGGCAGCUUACCGGAAAGUAUGGCCAAUCUUAAGAACCUUGUUUCUAUAAACAUGUCAUUCAACUCGCUCACGGGUCCUCUCCCUACUUCUAUUGGACAACUGCCUAGUCUUGUGAAUUUAAUCAUCAGUGACAACCUUCUGACUGGUGCUAUUCCUCAGACGAUAGGAGAGCUUAAGAAUCUCAACUUCUUGGACCUUGAUACGAACUCACUUACAGGUUCAAUUCCAGCCCAAAUUGGAAAUUUGUCCAAUCUGCACCUUCUGUUCCUUGAGGACAAUUUCUUGACUGGCACCAUUCCACCUGAACUAUGGAAGCUUAGUAAGCUCACUCAGUUAGAUUUGACAUCUAACUUUCUUCCAGAUGAAAAAUUUCACGAGUCUAGGCUUUUUGUACCUUUCACAAAAUAA